AUGGCUCAAAGGCAGCCUCAGUCACCUAAUCAGACUUUAAUUUCAACCACAAAUGACACAGAAUCAUCAAGCCCCGGCGUUCCUAAUGAUACCACAAAUAAAGGAAGGACCGGAGACAACUCUCCAGGAAUAGAAGCAUUGUGUGUCAUCUAUUUCACUUAUGCCGUGAUCAUUUCAGUGGGCAUCCUUGGAAAUGCUAUUCUCAUCAAAGUCUUUUUCAAGACCAAGUCCAUGCAAACAGUUCCCAACAUUUUCAUCACCAGCCUGGCUUUUGGAGAUCUUUUACUUCUGCUAACUUGUGUGCCAGUGGAUGCAACCCACUACCUUGCAGAAGGAUGGCUGUUCGGAAGAAUUGGCUGUAAGGUGCUCUCUUUCAUCCGGCUCACUUCUGUUGGUGUAUCAGUGUUCACGUUAACAAUUCUCAGUGCUGACAGAUACAAGGCAGUUGUGAAACCCCUGGAGCGGCAGCCCUCCAACGCCAUCCUGAAGACCUGUGCCAAAGCUGGCUGCAUCUGGAUCGUGUCCAUGCUAAUUGCUCUACCAGAGGCUAUAUUUUCCAAUGUAUAUACUUUUCACGAUCCCAACAGAAAUAUGACAUUUGAAGCGUGUGCCUCCUAUCCUGUUUCUGAGAGGCUCCUGCAAGAGAUACAUUCUCUGCUGUGCUUCUUAGUAUUCUACAUUAUUCCCCUCUCCAUCAUCUCUGUCUAUUAUUCUUUGAUCGCUAGGACCCUUUACAAAAGCACCUUGAACAUACCUACGGAGGAACAAAGCCAUGCCCGAAAGCAGAUCGAAUCCCGGAAGCGAAUUGCCAAAACAGUGUUGGUGCUGGUGGCUCUGUUUGCUCUCUGCUGGUUGCCGAAUCACCUCCUGUAUCUUUACCGCUCAUUCACUUACCAAACCUACGUGGACUCCUCUGCCAUUCAUUUUAUUGUCACCAUUUUCUCUCGGGUUCUGGCUUUCAGCAAUUCUUGCGUAAACCCCUUUGCUCUUUACUGGCUGAGCAAAACCUUCCAGCAGCAUUUUAAAGCUCAGUUAUUCUGUUGCAAGGCAGAGGCGCCUGAACCUUCUGCUGGUGAUAUACCUCUUGACAACCUGGCAGUGAUGGGACGGGUCCGGGGUGCUGCGAGCACUCAGGUGUCUGAAAUUAGUGCGUCCCUGUUUCCUGGCAGUGGUGUCAAGAAGGAAGAAGACAGAGUCUAACUUUUCCAUUAAAACCGGUGUUUUUCCUUCCAGCAUGUGUAUUCGACUCUGGGCGACGUGUAGGUUUAUGGUGUCAGGUUGCUCGUUUGUGAAUAGUGCUGAAGUCUUAGGAGGGAAGGCUUGGACAAACCAUGAUUUUCUUCAAGGUACGAACAAUGAUCUUAUUGGGC